CUGCAAGAAUAUAACCAAAGACACCAAACACACAAUUGUCACACAGCUAGCUCUCUCAAACGUGGCUCUUCGAAUGGGAACAUGGAAAAAAGCAAUGGCUCAGCUGUUACAACAAUUCAGCAGUAGCGAAGAACAUUGGGACUUUCUAUUGGAGAUGACUCAUGUUUAUCCGGAAGAAGUAAACAGUCGACCCCUGCGAUUAGGCGAAAACAGACGAAACGAGAUCUAUGCCGAAUUGAGGGAAGCCUCCGACCUCUUCAUCACAUUUUUAUCCAAAGUGGUAGAGAAGCGACCGAGUGAUGUCAGAACUUUGUCGAAGGUUUUCAGAUGCCUCUCCAGUUGGCUGAACGUCAAUUCCGUCAAGCAUGAAACACUGAUGUCAUGUGAUCUCAUGAGAUUGGCGUUCAUGGCUGUGACGUCGCCAUCAUGUGAUACAAACUUACAUAGGGAGGCUUCUGAUUGCAUCUCAACUGCACUCCUCACCAUCGAGAAUUUGAAGGAGAGCUCACAACUGGCACAUGUUAUGGUCAAAGAAAUUGAGAAAUUAGUCGAACCCUACCACAUGACUGUCGCCAUGAAUGAAGAAGAAAAGUCAAUAAACUUCUGCAGAAUCUUCACUGAAUUAGCAGAAACUUUACUGGAAUGCAUGGUCGAAACUCCGAACCAGGGUUUCGGUGACCUGAAGAUUCUCGACAUCCUGCUUACCUGUAAUGGACACCAUUGUUAUAAGGUGGCAGACGUGACGUUCAGUUUCUGGAACCAUCUGUCAGACUUCCUCUAUGAAGAUCGUAAGAAAGAUACAAAUGCCUUCAAGCCAUACAUAUGCCGACUCAUCACAUCACUAUGUCGACUCUGCAGAUAUGAUGAACCAACGGACGACGAUGAGGAUGAUUUUGAGGAAUUCCGAAAGAGUGCACUCGCUUUAGUGAAGGACGUUCAGUUCAUUGUGGGACCCGAUGAGAUAUUGAGUCAGUUGAAUGAUUCGCUGAAGCUUCACUCACAAGAGGCUAACCAAUCGUGGAACGUCUACGAGGCAGCCCUCUUCAUCAUGCAGGCACCCGCUAAGAAGUCAGAUGGGCGAGAUCUAAAGACGACGCCGGCCCUCAUGGAAUUCAUUACCUCCUUCCUCUUCCCGUCCGUACGUCACGACACCCUCCACAAGACCUGCCUCCUACUCAUUGCUUGUUUUCAACGAUGGUUCAAAUGUAAUCCAUCUUACUUGGAUAUGGUCAUGCCUGUGAUAAUACACUCCUUCCAAUCUCACAAACUGGCUCCGACGUGUGCCCUCUGCCUGCAGAAGCUCUGUGAGACCUGCUCGUCUGAGAUCAUCAGGAGUCUGCCGACGCUGCUGAACAUCCUGAAUGUCGUUGAAGCCAUCAACCUGCCACAGGACGGAAUCAUCAAGUUGUUGGAAGCUGUCUCGAGUACACUUAGCUGCCUGUCUAUAGAGGAAGUAGUCGUGGGGUUGAGACAUCUCUGCAGCCCUCCUCUCAGCAACAUCAACAAGGUAGGCUUCUACCAUAUAACAGACAGCCCCAUAACGAACGUGGAACAAUCCUCAGACAGUGUCUGCGCCUCCCUUGACCAGCUGGCCUCAGUCCUCAAGUGUGCACAAACGGAAAAACACGUGCCAGUCGGUCAAAAAAAUCCAUGCUUCCAAGUGGUUGUUGAGAUAUGGCCAGCAAUAUCAAAACUAAUGCACACGUUUAAAUCUGAUGUGAAGGUCAUUGAGCACUCCUGCAGGUGUUUAAGAAACGCCAUAAGAAGUUAUGGCAAGAACGAUCCCUCCCUCGUCCUACCCAUCAUGUCUCAGGUGGUUGAGAUAUACAAAGAACAUCCUCACUCCUGCUGCCUCUACAUUGGAAGCAUCAUGGUAGACUCGUACGCCAGCGACCCGGGCAACACGGCACUCUUCCUUUCUCUACUUGAAGUUGUUGAUUUUGGACCCGUAAAACGCCGAAUCCUCAAUUUAGGAUCCGCGGAUCCGAAUCUUUUCCGAAUCCCUGGAUUCGGAUCCGAAUCCGGAUUCGGAACCGUCGCAUUCCUAGUAGAACUGAGUAGGAAGACGUUCUCAAUGAUUGAGCAGCUGGAUGGAAUGAUCAACUAUCCCGAUAUUGUGGAUGACUUUUUUAGGCUUGCUAUCAGGAUCGUGGAGCAGUGCCCACUGGCGUUUCUCGAAUAUCAUGGUUGUCAGACCAUCGUUGCCACGGCCAUUCAUUCAUGCUGCAUAUCUCACAGUGAAGCUAACGCUACUGUCGUUAGAUUCCUACUGAGGAUAAUUGACCUGGCCUCGUGCAGGGAGCUGAACACAGAAACUCAGAAAAGACAGCACUUCCUCGUCCUAUCACUGUUAAAUGUGCAUGGUCAGAACAUUGUGAGCUCAGUCUUGGAUGCCUGCCUCUUCAAGGUGCCCACGAGAUUAAUCUCAUAUCUGGCCAGCAUCAACUAUCAGUUGCUCAAGACGGACAGAGAGGCAACGAUACGAUGGUUGGAAAAGGCUCUCAACAGUCUACCGUCUCAAUCGGCAACCGGUUGUGUGGCCGUCACUCAAGAACAGAAAUCGAAAUUCCUCCACUCUAUCAUCAGCACCGACGAUGAAGAUGAGAUUGGAGACCAGUACGAAAACUUUUCCUUGCUCUUCAGAUGAUCUUGUGGUCGUUGACGAUAACCAGUCAUUUCUACCCUCAUUAAUUGUUUCAAUUCAGAUCUUCAUUAAUUUCUCUCAUUUUAGCAAUGAUAAUUUACUUUUACGCGAUAUGUAUGAAAUAAAUGUAAAAAUUUAUAGUCGUUCAAAUUUUGGUACGGAAUUUAAAUAAUGAAAAUGAAGUCAAUCGUUUAUUCUUGCUCAAUACAAUGUAAAAUUACAUGUAAGAUAGUUUUACUUGUCUAAUAAAUUUUCCAACUCA